UUGGCGAAACCAUUCUCCAGCAAAAGUGGCCAAAAGCAGAGAGAGAGAGAGAGAGAGAGAAAAGAGAGAGUGAACUCGUUACAAAACGAAGAGAGACAACGCCAUUUUCGCCAUUUUCCCUCUUCUUCUCUCAGCCAAAAAGCGAUGAUGAAGUUCCAGGUUUGCCUCAUAGGAUUAGCUGAAUGAUAGGACUAGGACGCGGGUUGAUUACUUCAACUUCUGUUGAUGAAUAUACCUUGGUGAAGAUUUGAAGAUUGAAGAAUAGAUUUGUAAAUUGCCUGUAAGAAAGGAUUCAAAAUGAGUUGGAACCCACACAUGGAGGUCCAUUACAAUAACAUCAGCUAUCCUUAUAGUACUGCGGGAAGCUUUAUUGAAUAUUUUGAAGGCCUCACCUACGAACAUGUCAACUUCAUUUUUUCUGGUGCAUCACACGCUCAGGAGAGUUCAUACCCUUUAAAUUCAGGCUUUUACAAGUUUGGACUGCCUGAACCUGAGAACACUCCAUACUAUCGUUAUGGUCAUGAUUAUGAGGCAAAUCAUCACGAACCACUGGUGGAUGAGUAUAGGAGGCCUUCAGAAAACUCAUUGACAAGCAAUGAACAGACAGCGGCAGGAAGCACAGAAUGGGGAGAAGGUGGCAACCCUGACACGCAGGACACUUCUAUUGAGUGCCCACGAAGACAUCACAGCAAUUCCAGUGAUUAUCAGGUCAUUUGGCAAGACAAUAUUGAUCCCGACAACAUGACCUAUGAGGAACUACUUGAAUUAGGUGAGGCUGUUGGAACUCAAAGUCGUGGUCUCACCCCAGAACAGAUCUCCUUGCUUCCAGUUUCCAAGUACAAGUGUGGGUUCUUCUUGAGGAAGAAGUCACGAGAUGAGAGAUGUGUGAUUUGCCAGAUGGAAUAUAAGAGAGGGGACAAGCGGAUCACUUUGCCAUGUAAACAUGUCUAUCAUGCUAGUUGUGGGAACAGAUGGCUUAGCAUCAAUAAGGCUUGCCCUAUAUGUUACACAGAAGUGUUUGCCGACAAGUCAAAACCCAAAUAACGGGCGAAAGAAUAUGAUUAACCAGCAUAUGUUUCUAUUUCUCCUUGACGAGUUUGGGGGUCUUUCAUAGAAAAAUACAUCUAUUUGUUUUCAUUUUUCGUAGUGAGAUGAGUCAUUACGUUGGGUUUAGUUAAAAUACUUGGAGAGUAGUCGCAGGGAUUGUCCCAAAGUUUUAAAAAGAAUAUGGACAUGCAUUAUGGUUGUGUUGGAAGGGCUGUAUUGUGGUUUGUUUUUGUUACACUUUUAUACAGUGUGCUAUGAUUUCACGUACUUCAUCACCAGCUGUCGAUACAGUUUUUGUGUUGGAGAGGCUGGAAUGUGAACAUAUUCAUAAUUUUUACGAAAAUUUGUUCAAACACA